AGCAUCUAUAUUCUCAUUCUUCCUUUAUUAUUCUUUCUUUCUCUCUCUCUCUCUCUCUCUCCCCAUUUGGCCUAACCCUCCAGUUGAUGUGAUUCUCCACUACACCUCCAAAACCAAACAACCUUUACAAAAGAGAAAGAAAGAUCAAGAACCAUGGUUUUUUCUUCAAUUCCUGCUUAUCUUGAUCCAUCCCACUGGAAUCAGCAACACAAUCAUCAAAUAAUUGGAAGCAGCAGCGCCAACCCUCUGGUCCCACCACCGCCGCCCCCUCCGCCUCAGCCGCAUGGAGGAGGGGGCUCGAUCCGGCCGGGCUCGAUGGCGGAGCGAGCUCGAAUGGCCAACAUACCGAUGCCGGAAACAUCCCUGAAAUGCCCUCGCUGCGAAUCCACAAACACAAAGUUCUGUUACUUCAACAACUACAGCCUCUCGCAGCCGCGCCACUUCUGCAAGACCUGCCGCCGCUACUGGACCCGCGGCGGCGCUCUUCGCAACGUCCCCGUCGGCGGCGGCUGCCGGAGAAACAAACGCAGCAAGUCCUCCAGCUCCAAAUCCCCAGCCAGCAGCGAGAGGCAGCCCAACAACCCAAGCACCACAAGCACCGCCUCCACCAACAGCGCCACCUCUAAUAUGUUAGGCCUAACGCCGCCGCUUCCGCCUCUCCGCUUCAUGUCCCCUCUAGGCCAGUUCACCGACAACUUCACCGCCGAUAUGGGGAUAAACAAUUACAGCGGAAUAGCAGCUUCCACAGCCGGAACAAGCGAGAUGAAUUUCCACGGCGGCGGCGGCGGUGGAGUAGCCUCGCUUUUAUCAGGUGAAGGCGGCGAGCCGUGGCGGAUGCAGCAGGUUCAGCAAUUUCCCUUUUUGGGGGGUCUGGAUGCAUCAUCCCAAGGGUUCUACCAGUUCCAUGGCGGCGAACCGGGGUUUCUAGGAGGCGGCGAGGAGAGGCCGAAACUGUCUAGCCCAAUGCUAACUCAGCGGCAGCCGCCGGUGAAAAUGGAGGACAAUUCAGAGCAUAACCUAAAUAGGCAAAUAUUGGGCGGAAAUGAGCAGUGGAAUGCCACGCCGGCGGCUAAUUGGAGUGACCUUUCCAACUUCAGCUCUUCUUCUACAAGAAAUCCGUUGUAGAAAGACACAUCUGCAAAUUAUAUGGGAGGAGAUGACGAUGGUCAAAACCCUAGAAUUGGUAGGUUUGUUUGUUCUCUUCAACUCAAUUUGCAGCCUAAAACAUAUCUAUAUGUGUAUCUACUUUCUCUUUUUCUCUAUGAGUGUGUGCUGCCUGAGAAUGUUUUAGACAAACUGUGGAGAAUUAAUAUGUGAGAUUUAUUGUAGCUUGUGUUACAUUUGGAGAUGUAAUGUUUUUCAGGAUGUGAAAUCUGAUCUAAUUUCGGGUUGAUAUAAUAUAUGACAUGUUUCACA